AUGUUGACGGUUGUAGAACUGCCGAUUGUUGCGAUCCAUGGUGUAGGAUUCGAGUUUUACUUUAGCCUAUAUUGGGUCGGGAUCAUGAGUAGAAUCACCGCAACAUUGGAGACCCCAGUUCUAGUUGUGCCCAUGGGGCCGAACAGCCCGGAUGUACUGGUUGCGCGACUGGGUCGGAUUUUUGUACGGAAUGCGGAAACAAAGCGUUUGCUGUUGCCACAUUCGCGUUCUUCAGAUUUUCGAAACGAAGAACGAGAGCAAAACGUUGAAGACGAGACGGUUCACGUUGCUCGGUAUGAGAUGUUGAUACAGGACAUGAACUUGCACAAUAUGAACCUCGAGGAAAAAAUGCGAUAUUUGGCACAACCAUUCAAUGAAGCGCAGACUUCGAGAACGGAGACGUUUCAAGAGUUUCGUAGUCCGAACGCACGACCUGACGCUCCUUGGUGGUCCCGACUACGAACGUGUGACAUUUUUGAUUGCAAAACACCAGCGGAUCGCCCGAUUUUACACGAUACACGAAUCCACAUUGACUUGGGAUUUUUCGCUGCGCCAAUUUUUCCAAGAGUUGACGGCAAGCCUCGGUGCAUGGAUGACCCGAAAGCGGAGUUGUGUCCCGAUGUAGUGCAGGUGAACAUUUCUCUGGUGGAUUCUCUGAAGAUUUCAUUGUCCAAAACGCAGUAUCAAAUGAUUCUGCGAACUUUGGAGUACGCAGUGAAUUUCCCAGGGCAUGCGGAUCGUCCAGUGAUUACGAAAGAGAGAGACAUCGUGAAUGUUAUUUCUGAAAGCUCUGACGUUGAUUUUGAUGCGGCUUCCAACGAUGGUUCUUCCGCGCAGCUCGACGACUGCUUGGCUUACUCGGGAAAAAAAUCCAGUAUUCUCGUUAAAGGUAAUUUUGAAGUUCCACAAUUCAUCGUGCAAUUGAAGGGUGAUCCGUAUGAAGGAGAGCAGGCCAUCGUCAGCCUUAGCUUGAACAAGUUCGUCGUUGAUUUUGAAGCAACCGCUCCUUUUGAGUCCAAACUUGAAAUUUCUUUGUUUUCAAUCAUCAUGGAAGAUCUCACGGAGCCGGAAGACAGUGUAUUGAGAACAAUUAUGCUGUCUCACGGCAAAAUGCGUGAAUCAAAUGAGUCGGUGCCGAGAAGGAAUAUUUUGAAUGGACCGGUUUCGGUUUCUUGCCCUGAUUUGUCAUCGACAAUUGAUCCUACGCUUCUUACGUAUUUCUCUAUGCCGGAAAAUCUUGAUACUCAGAAUGUCUUCCGGUAUUUCCGCAAACAAACGAGGAAAGGUUCCACUUCAGCUAGCACUACUGUUUACGAAGUUUCGAAUAGUAAUUUCUUGGGAACAAAUGCUGAUGAAAGACCUGCCGCUGUUGAGAAUCCAUCCUCCGAUGCCGUUAUCGCCUCAAGCAGUGCAGUUUCGCUUGUCAGUGGUGUAGAAACAAGAGAUCUCUUCAAAGUUGUUGAUGGUGAUCUCGCUCAAGCCACGAUUUGUAAUUUCCAGUCAAAUAUGAACACGAAGGACGGAAAUGUUGAAAUGAAUGGCGGACUUGGAAGUCUCGCGCUUUGUGACCUGUCAAAAAAUAAAGGGUGCUACAGGCAGAAAUUUCGGACCGCGGGGAAGGAAGUUCUUCACUUCCAUUUCUUCAAGCACAAAGAUUCUGAUUUCUUGGAUGCCGUUGAUGAUAGAGAAUUUGAUGCUCAUCUAAAGCUGAACAUGUCUUCCGUUGUCUACGUCCAUACACAUCGGUUUAUGACAAAUGUUAUUGACUUUUUCACGAGCUUUUCUGAUCUGCAAAAAGUGUUGGGUCGUCUAAGAGCUGGUGCUGUCGGGGCAGAGUUGUUUGAAAAGCCGAGGCACGGGUUCAGAUGUCUUCUAGACCUGAAGAUCGACAAUCCUGUUAUAAUCAUUCCGCACAGUGCCGGAAAUCCUCAAGGUAUUGUUGUUGACCUUGGACAAAUCACGGCGUCGAACAGUUUCAAAGUCGCUGGGUCGGAGGAUUGCAUCUCGUACCUCGGCUUGAAAACACGAUCAAAUGCUGUCAGAAAUCGCAAGAAUUCCGUAAUGCUCAGUGCUGCUGCUGCUUGUGUGUAUCCGUGCCUCAUGGACGUUAUCAGAAUAGAUCUGGUGAACAUGGAUGUGUUCGUUGCAGAAAUUCUCGCCUUUGACUCCCCAGAACCACGGAUGAGGAAACGUCAUGCGAAGCCAGUUCAAGAAUCUGAUGUCAUCACGUUUGGACUAUCGUACCGCAGAAAAACUUCCCCGCCCGCAUCAAUUCUAUCGGGAGAUGAGAAAGAAGUGUGGACGACGUUUGCUUUGAUCGUUGAUCUGAAAGAUGUUAGUUUGCGUGCAAAAUGGAGCCAUUCGGAGAAAAACCCGCUUGCCAAGAUCAACUUCAUUCAGUCGCGUUUGACGAUUGAAUCCCACACGGAUAAUUCCAGGGAUAUAGAUCUUGUGUCUCAGGAAAUCCGACUGCAUGAUUUAAGACAUGCUGAUGAUCCCUUGAACCCGGAAGCGAAUCGCUUCAAGAGGAUCCUUCAGCCCAUCAAAAGAUCGGAAGCUGAUGCAGAGAAAAAAUCUGCAGAAAAAUCGACCGUGUUUCAGUCCAAGACAUCGAUGCAAGCCGAAGUUCAUUUUCGCCAAAGCAAAACUUUCACACGGUUGACCGUUCUGCUGAAUUCAAUGAGACUUCUAGCAAUUUUUGAUUGGUGGAGAGCUGUUCUGGACUUCAUCACAACUCGACCUGAUCCCCCCGUGAACUACUCAUGCGAUCAUCAAACAACGGCUAAAGAAGAUAAAUCAACGCAGGAACCUCAGAAAGCCGACUCCUUUCUAGUACCUCCGACUGAGGGAGAAUUUGUUCCUAUGGCUCCGAAUCCAAUCCAAACUUCGACUGGAAUUUAUUCGAAAAGGGAAAUAUCUCCACCAGUUCCAGCGUUUGAACUAAAGCUGAACAUCACCGACAGUGAAAUUGUCGCUCUUGAAAAUUGUCAGUCCGUCGACACCAACGCUGUGAUCUUAAAGACAACUGCAGUCAUAUCGCAUCGACCGGACUUUCCUGAAAAACCACUCUCAGUGAACUUGAGUAAUUGUGAAGUAUUCUCGUGUUUGCUGGGCACUGCGGAAGAAGACACGGCCUUAUCAAUAAUCGAGCCCGUUGCGCUAAACUUGGAAAUCAGUGCCAAAAAGAAGCGCAAAGACGGGACUGUUACUUUAGGACUUCAGGACGCCACUCCGCCCGACUUCACUGAACAAACUUUGGAGGUCGUUUUUCCUCAACAUUUUAAAAUUAGGCUCUCAUAUAACGACAUGAAAAUGUUCCUGAGAAUUUUCAACAGCCUGCAAAUUCAAGCUAAAAGGCAAGUAAUUGUUGAAGAGGUUCGAAGGAACAGUCUACUCGGGCAGAAGAGUUCAUUGCCGGUUGAUCAAGAAGACCACGUACAAAAAUUGAAAAGUCUCGGCUUUACCGAAGAAGACUGUUUGAAGGCAUUGAGGGAAAGAAAUGGAAAGCUUGAUGAAUCUGCAUUGUGGUUGCUUGAAAAUGCUGUGCCGGUUGUGACGACUGAUGAAGAACGCGACGGACUGUCGAAGGAAGUUUCUGAAUCAAAUCCUAAAAGUGAUUAUAGCACUGUCGAGGUUCGAUUACCAUGCUUGAGCGUAUGUGUGAUUGAUGACUGCAAGGACAGUGAUGUUCCUUUGGUAGAUUUCACAUUUGAUCAUCUGGCGUUCACUCAAGAUUUGCGAAAGAAAGAGGGUUCGUUGAAUUGCACAGUUUCUGGAGACUUCUACAACAGAGAUUUGUCUGCUUGGGAACCCGUUCUGGAACCUUGGAAGUUAGAAUCAAAAUGGAACAUCCAAGAAACUGUUCGGAAGAGGGAUAUUGUUCUGGAAAUUCGGUCGUUGGAAAUCCUGAACCUUAAUAUCACUUCAUCGCUCAUAGAUUUAUUAACCAUGGUCAGCAAGAACUGGAAAGAAGAUUAUUAUCAAGCAUCCAGUUUGUCCGGCAGCGUCAGCCAUAUUCUCAACAAGGAAUCAAAAACGUCGGGCGUUUCACCGUCGGAAAAUACAAAGCAGUUUGAAGUGGCCAGCUUCAAGCGCCGUUCUCCGUUCGUCCCAUUUGCCUUGAAAAACGAAACUGGCUCCACGAUUUGGUUCCGGGGAUCCGGAUCCGGAAUUUCUAUCAGUUCUGCGAAUGAUUCGCGAAGAAGUGCCCCGAACAUUGUUGAAGUCAGCUCGGGAGCAACGGAGUCAUUCUCUUUCAAGGCAAGUUUCUACUCGGAAGAACGCAUUCGAGCCAGAAUUGGUGCGGAUAACAAAAAGGAUCCAACUCUUCUUUCGGGGAUAGUUCACCAAAUAAUCGUGAAGGUGGAUGGAUGGAGUGAGGCGAAGCCAGUAACCAUCGACAAGCUUGGGGUUUACUUUCGCGAAGUUGUGCAGGACACGAUGGAUUUGGAGAAGCUGAUUUCCUCGAUGCUCAUCUUUUCCGUUUCCACGGAGGGAUCUGCUCGAAAACUGGUCACCGUUCGCUCGGCGUUUUCAAUCACCAAUAGAAUGAACGAAGUCGUCGAAAUCAAACUCGAUCUCAAACCUCUCUCGUCCUCAUCAUCAGCGGUUUCUGGAACAAAUUCUAUCAAACUUUUCCCCGGAGAAACCUACCCGGUCCCAUUGAAACUUUGUCAAGCGCAAUGUGGAGUUUUCUUGAGGCCUGUGUUGGAGGUCAAUCCGUACAAGUAUGGUUUUGGUAAGGCAGCAUUACCGUGGAAUAAGGUAGUGAACAUGAGUGAGCCUCAAGAAGUUUUGCAUCUUUGCAAGCCAUUGUUGGAAAACCAAGGGAAUCCAUUCAGGUUGUGUGCGUCAAUAAUCCGUUUGCCGUUGCCGAUCGACCACAUUCGCCGGGUUUCUCCGAAAUUCGUUGAUCAGCCGAUGCAUUCAAUAGUUCUCAAGCCGCCGAUCACGAUCUUCAAUUCGCUGCCAUAUGUUUUGUUUUACUCUUUGUCAUCCAUCGAUCCGGUGGAUGAGAAUCGUACCGAAAGAACUGAAGGAUUAGUUUUGGCUGGGAAAGAAGCAGCUGUCCACGAAAUCGAUCUUGCGGAACGCUUGUCUGUGGGCGUGUGGACGGAGCAUUUUCAGAAGGUUUCAGAUUUUCACUUCAGUCCGAGGGUCGGAAGUACUUACGCCACGAGGGUCACGCUGUUCGACUCUGAAGAGAGGCCGUUGGAAUUGGAUGUUAAAAUGACGCCUCGUCAGGCUUCAAUAAAGAUAACGGUUUCUUCUCCAUUUUGGCUGGUGAACCGAACCGGACUUCCUUUGAUCUUCAAGCAAGAUGGGAUAUCUCAAGAAUUUGCCGGGCAAUCUAGAGAGCAUGAAGUGGGUCGUUCUGUGGAACCUUUGUUGUUUUCCUUGAGCGAUCCUUCUUCUCCAUUUAUGGUGGCUCGUGUUGGAAAGGAUCUUCAUCCGAAUGGCAUCCCUCAAGUCCCGGGAAUGUCGUUUAUCUUACUAUGGUCGAAGAAUUUCAAUUUGGGAAAGCCGGGAUGUGUGCGAAGGUUGCGAGUUGCGUUGAGAGAUUCUCAACGUCCGGAUAUAGUUUAUUCCAUCAGCGUUAGGAUUCAACCCGGAAGCGGUCGCUACAGAGACACCAAAAUUGUCACAUUUUCACCGAUGUUCCAAAUCUUCAACCGUUCUUCCCAUUCGCUGCAAUUCGCUCAAAAGAAAUUUGCGGUUGAUUAUUCCCAGCAUUCUAAUGCCAUGGCUGAGCUAACUUACCUUGAAGCUAAGCAGAAUUCGCAUGUUGCGUUCCAUUGGCCUCGGGAUGAUCUGGACCAAUUGCUUUGUGUCCGCAUGGCUGACGUUUUCCGAUGUCGAUGGUCGGGUGCAUUUCCGCUUGAGAAAAUUCAGUCUUUCUACUUGAAUUUAAGAGACUUCAGCGAGUUGAGCAUGUUCCUGCGUGUGGAAAUCAUUCUGGAAGGAGCCACUUUCUACGUGAUCUUCAUGGAUGCAGCAGUGUUGCCGCCUCCCUUGCGAAUCGAUAAUUUUUCGGAAGUUACCAUCAAGUAUCAUCAGAACGGGGUGGAAGAGAUUUAUCGGCAGUCUGAUGUGAGGCCGCAUUCGUCUCAAGCUUAUGCAUGGGACGAGCCGACGUUCAGACAAAUGAUGGUGGUUUCUGCACCGGGCGGCGUUGCCACUGUGGUCGACAUGACUGAGUUGAAUCUAACAGCAUCGCUCAGCUAUGAGAACUUCUUGUAUUUGGCGCUUUCCUGCACAUUUUCCGGCGAGUACACAGAAGUGCUCAAAGGUGAGCAGUUGGGUAGCAACUCUUUGGACAAGAAUCUUCAGUUGGUUUUGGACGUAGAAGAAUGCAGCACUUCUUCGAAGUAUUUAUCGGCGUGGCAAAAGAAGUACAAGAUUGUUUUGAAGCCGAAGCAACUUGGACAGAGGUCACAGUUGUGGCGAAUGACGACUGACGGAAAACUGGCUCAUGAAGGAACUUCUCCACCGCGAGAUCCAAAGCAUCCGAAUUCCUCGAAGGAAAUGAAUCGAGUUUUGGUACUUGACAUAGAUUCAAAAGCAGUACUGCCUGAUGAGUACAUGCCGCUGACGUUACGCCCUCCGGACGGAAGACGAACCUUAACCCAACAUUGGCGCUUUACCGAAGACGGACGUUUAUGUUGCAUGCAUGCGAAUUUGUGCGUGCAAGCAAAAGAUGGUUUUCGUGGCAUCAUAGCUGGGACGGAAGUUGUUCUCGGACCGAUUGAUAAACGCGCUCUGAUGUUCAUGGAAAAUGGAGUCCCGGUAGAGCAAGCUAUUUCUAGACAACGUUUGCGCCCUGGGUCGGGGUUCUUGCACAUUAUUGUCACUUCGGACGGACCUACCAGAGUGUUGCAAAUCAAAGAUUUUCAUCAGAAGAACCAGAAGAAACAUGACUGGAUCUUCAGUCCCUACAGUAAUGCCGUUGUAAAUGGAACUUCGCCGAAUUCUUCACGGGAUCGAACCUGGCCGUUUGACCAUUUUGCGAUACAUGGGAUUCGUAAUGAUCGAAGCGCGAACGGGAAACGGGAGAAAAGCUUGCGAUUGAAUUUCCAUUUGGCGAGUGGCAUUGGUGUAAGCGUUGUUAGCCACGGUCUGGGUGACCCUGAGGAGUUGGCGUAUGCUAUGUUUAGCAACGUUAUCGGAGAAAUUAUAAAAAGCGACAGUGAGCUGAAGAUCGACGGGAGCAUCGAGAAUAUUCAGGUCGAUAAUCCAUCUAUAGACGCUCAGGUUCCAGUGAUUUUGAGUGUGAUUUCUGCAUCCAAAGAAGAUGGAGCACGUUCUUUGCCAUAUGCAUUGCACUUCAACAUUCACCAAGUUUCCGCGCAGUUCGGCUCAACAUCAGUAAAAAUACUCAAGCACUUCAUGUUGACGUUAAAGCCUCUGAUCGUGAAUAUCGAGGAGAAGCAGCUAUGCAAGUUCAUUUUGUUCUUCAAUUUGAACAAGUCCGAUUCAGAGCUUGAAGAUGAAUCAGGGGAGGAUACAAUGGAUUGCUACAGCGAUACCUCGGCCUCCGUUUCCGGCUCUGCAGAAGCUACUCGAUAUUACCUGGGUUUGCUGAAGAUAACUCUGUGUCAGAUCCGCUUGAGUGUCUAUCGAAGUACGAGAAUGGCUCCGGCGCUGUUGGGAGUUAAGCGACGACUUGGAUUAACAUUGAUUCAAUUCGAAGACGCGUACAUCGAAUUCCACCCGUUUGUGAAAUCACACGUCUUCGAAACGUUGAAUUUUGUUGUGCAAUGUCUUAUGAAACAUUACGCAGAGGAUUUUUUCAGCCAAUUGGCAAAAAUCGUGGGAUCGACGGACAUUUUGGGGAAUCCUGUCGGAUUUUUGUCUGACGUGACGGAAGGCUUGUCGGAUUUGUCGGGCGGAAACGUUGCUGGGCUUGUGAAAAAUGUUACGCAUGGAUUUGCGAACUCAACGGCCAAGUUUACGGGAACAAUAUCUGAUGCAGUCGGAAUGGUCACUUUGGAUGAACGACAUGAAAUCGAACGUCAGCGCAUCAAAAGUUUGCCACAAUUCCAGAAGCGUAUAAAGUUGGCGAGAUACGCCUCUCCACCGCCGAAUGAUUCGGAUGCCGCUCUUGCCUUGACUGUGCGAACGGGUGAAGAUUUCUCGUCUGUUCCUUCAUCCGCAUUUUAUGAGCAUCUGAGGGCUGGCUUAGAGGGUUUGAGACACGGGGUCUUUGGAGGCGUGCGGUCCCUUGUCUCACAAACUUAUUACGGAUACCAAGAUGACGGCGUCGUCGGAAUGGUCUCUGGGUUCGGAAAGGGUUUCGUUGGCACCGUGACGAAACCCGCGCUGGGUGUGCUGGACUUCGCGACGGAAACAGCGAACGCAGUGCGGGAUCACAGUCGGAGCGAGAGCCGACUUCUACCUUCACGGGUGCGACCCCCGAGAGUGUUGCGCGGGGCCAACGCUGCUCUGCCUCGCUACUCUAGCACACAGGCCCUCGGCCAGGAGUUUCUGUUGUUUCUCAACAAGAAGGACACUUCGGAAAUGUUUAUUGCUUUCGAGAGACUGCGGGAAGGCGCAGAGGACAUGGCUGCGUUGAUUUCGAGUCAAUUGUUGCGGGUUUUGACGCGGUCUGGACCCGAGUCGACGUAUUCCGUUGUUGUAGAGUUCAAUAUGAGUGAUAUUGACCAUGCGGAAGCAGUAGUUAAUCGUGCUGAAGCGAAGGUAAAUUCUUACUACAUCAAGCUUGCCAUGAAGUCGCCUGACAAGGAUUCUUCUGGCGAUGCGCAAAAUCUUCCAAUUCGUCGUCCGUUGGUACAAUGUGACACGGAAGUUAUCGCUAAGAAAGUGACGAGACUAAUAAAUCUCGCAAAAGGUAUUCAUGACGAGCUGCUGUUGACGCUAAAAUCUGGCACAAAUUCGGAUGAACAGGACGACGCUUAAAGGCGUUUCGAUUGCAGCGUGAAUGCGACGUUUUUUAGGGAGCGGGAAGCGGACUCACGCUUUUGUUUUCUGAGAUGCUGAUCACGAAGGGAUUAUUUUCGUAGUUUUGCGUAUGUAGCACGACGGUGAUUUGAUGUGGGUGAUCUCGUCUGUGAUUCAACCGAUUGAUUUCUGCUGUUGCUGUUUGCGAACCGGACUGUGCAAUAACGGGAACCAAUUUUGAAGAACGUUUCUGAAUCUAUUCUGUUUCUUAGGUUUGCAGUGCGACAAACGGCGCAGUUGUCUUUCAUUUCCUUCCGAAGGUUUUCAAUUGGAAUCACGUAUUCUACGAGUAUUUUGAACCACGCGAGCAACGAGGGCCAGGGUAGCUACUUUUUUGCGUUUUUUUUUUUGUGUGCGCCGGUGUUCGGAAUAAUAUUUGCACUCGAUCGAAAAUCAGGGUUGUAUUUUUUUAAUUUUCUGGAAUUAGUAAAUGCGUUGCGGCGGGAU